CAGAACAACUACUCUCGAACAUAUGAUCAGAGAUCACUUUUUUGCAAGGCAUGGCCCACAUAAGCAGACCACUACACGGCAUGAUAAUGUGUGUUAACACACUGAUAUUUGCAACGGGUAAAUUUUGAGGAGCAACUGUCACUAUGCGAUGUGUCUAAGGCACCAGCUGUGGUUUUGUGAGGCAUGCUGCUAAUAGCUGGCCAGAAUGACUCUGCUGGACUUGUGGUUGUCACGCUCCAUCCCCAUGUGCCUACUCCUUCAGAGCCUUGUCCUCAUGGCCCUGUGCUUCCCCUCGGCCAGCAUGUGUCCAAAGGGCUGCAACUGCCAACGCGACCUUCAUCUUCACGGUCUCAACGUCACAUGCAGUCAGUCCCGCCUCAAAGAGAUUCCCCCCAGCCUCCCAGUUGACACUGUCCUUCUGAGGUUGGAUCACAACCAGAUAGGAGCUGUUCCAGAUCAAGCCUUCCGUGGACUCAAGCUUUUAAGAGAGCUAAACCUGUCUUACAACGCAGUGGAAACUUUGGGUGAAGGUGCCUUCAGUGGCAUUGAGGCAACUUUACAGGUGCUGGACCUUUCCCACAAUCGCAUCACGAGCGUUCACAAGGACGCUUUCGCUAGACUUAAGUCUAGCGUCAUUGUGAACGAUAACCCCUGGCAUUGCGACUGCGCCCUUCAGCAGGCCAUUGGUGGAAUGGCCCACAACCAUGAGGCCGCAGCCAGGGUUCUCUGCAGGAGCUCGGAGCUUCUUGAUCAGGAAGGACGACCAUUUUUGGCAGUGGACACUGACCUAUGUAACCUGGCAAAAAGGACCACAGACUACGCAAUGCUAGUGACCAUGUUUGGUUGGUUUGCAAUGGUCAUCUCAUAUGUGGUGUACUAUGUUCGACAGAACCAGGAGGAUGCCCGACGUCACCUUGAGUACCUCAAGUCUCUUCCCAGCAAGCCCAAGAAACCUGACGAUGCUGAUGAUAUCAGCACUGUGGUCUGAGUAACAUUAUGACGUUCUCCAUUGCAAACCUAGUGCACACCAAAAUGUGUAUGUAAUAGGACAUAAAUUUAUAGUGUUUACAGUUUUGAAAUUUUAGAGUAUGUGAGCAUCCAAAUGUUUGUAUUGUGGAAACCUUUAUUGUAUUUCCUUAGCAGGUUUAGUUCAUGUCUAUGUGAAUUGAGGUGAGAAUUGAGGUUACUUUUCUACAAUGAAAACAAAAAUGGAGUUUAGAAAAUUUGAAUCUCAGGUUUAAAUAUCAACAUGGUAAUGGGUUUUUUUAGUUAAAAUUUGGAAUAUUUGAAAAAAAAAAAAGGUUUGUGACACACGAUUUCUCAAAUCCCCCCUUUUGAAUAUCACACUGAAAAGAAAUUCAGGAUCUUUAAAUCCAUGGCAUCCUAUUUGAUAUAUGUACUGUAUGAUAUUGCUUUGGAUAUGCUUUCGUGGUCAGACUUUAGCAUAAAAAAUAUAUAUUUAAUGACAAAUUUCCUCAACAAUGC